CAAUCAGCUUUCUCGUUCACGCCAAAGGCUUGUGCAACGUAGUAGUGUGUAAAAUGGCGUCGGCGGAGCCGGAAAUCUCUUCAAAUUCCCCAAAUUCUGAAGAAGAAAAGCAAGAAGGGUCUGGUCAGGAGGUUGUGAGUCCCGAAGAAUACAUUAAGCAUCCACUGCAGAACAGAUGGGCUCUUUGGUUUUUUAAAAAUGACAAAAGCAAAACUUGGCAAGCCAACCUACGUCUCAUCUCCAAAUUUGACACAGUUGAGGAUUUCUGGGCUCUCUAUAAUCACAUUCAGCUAUCAAGCAACUUGAUGUCUGGCUGUGACUACUGCCUCUUCAAGGACGGCAUUGAACCCAUGUGGGAGGAUGAGAGGAACAAACGAGGAGGGCGCUGGCUCAUCACCCUGUCGAAGCAGCAGCGCAGGGUUGAUCUGGACCGCUUCUGGCUGGAGACGCUCCUUUGUCUGGUCGGUGAGGCCUUUGACGAUCACAGUGAUGACGUGUGUGGUGCUGUGGUCAACGUCAGAGCAAAAGGAGACAAAAUAUCAAUAUGGACGACCAACUAUGAAAACAAAGAGGCUGUGACACAUAUAGGGCGAGUGUACAAGGAGAGACUUGGAGUGCCACAGAAAAUGAUCAUCGGCUACCAGUCCCACGCUGACACGGCUACGAAAAGUGGCUCUACCACCAAGAACAAGUUUGUCGUUUGAGAGGCCUCAGAAAACAUUUCAAGGAUUUGCACCCGUUUCAUUUUUACGUUCAGUUUUUUUGUCAUUCGUUGCGCUUUCCACUAUGACUGCGUCAAGCAAUCCGCAUCUCAGUUUAUACCAAAGUUACCGCCAAGAAUGUGUGUUGUAUACAGUGUGGCAUUAGACAGGCCUCCGUUCCCGUUGCUCUGCGGUAUCCCCUUUCCUCCAGCGCAGAGGGGCAAACCUUUAUCCCACACACACUCAAUUUGCAUUUCAUGACUUGUGCAACCAAACUUGUGUCAAAUUCAAAUGAAAUGUUGGUGCAACAGUAUUCAGUUUAAGAACCAUGUUCUUUUUUUGAUGUUUAUUCAUUUAGUGCCAGAUGACAAUUGUUUGUUCUGAAGCUUUUCUAAUUAGUUUGGUCUUUUUUUUUUAUGGUAUACAGCAGAGCUCUUCUGGUGUAAUCCCUGAUGUUUCACGCUCUAAUUUAUUUUAUUUUGAUUUGCCCACACUGUUGAAAUAUCCUUAAUUUUCAUAGCUACAAAAGCUAAUAGGAUAUUUUUCUUUGUUUUUGUUUGUGUAUUUUAUGGGGGCUUGGAGUUUGUAGGGGUAGUCAGUGUCAUUUUUCUUUUUCCUCAAGUAAUACUUUGGUUACAAUUAAAACGAUUAAAUCAUUAGUUUUGCUUUUCAGCAUAAAGUGUUUAAACAGUUUAUUUUUUAUGUAAUGUUUUGUUACAUUCCCUGCUUGACAUGAGGAGAUGUAUCCACAAAACCUUUUGUUUUGUGCUCUUCUGUUAUGAGGUGUAUUCAAUAGAUCCAGCUUUACUUUCAUGAAAUGACUUGUUGCAGUCCUUCUCAAUAAUUCAGCAUAUUGUAAAAAAGACUGUAAAUAAACGUGUACAGUGAAUUGUCCUUAUUGUGUAGUCCAGCAUCUUAUUUCUCAAAGUAAUCACAUACAUACAAAUGUAUGAUAGUCAUAUCUUUGUUUUCAUCAAAGGGGUACUGCAGGAGCACAUAGCAUAGUAUUCACAGCUGUCAUCUUUCGAAGGCCCCAAAUUACAAUUCUUUCUGUU